AUGUCCACCCGCGACUCCUACUCCCACUCACGCUCUCAUCGAGAUCGCACCCACUCCCACACCCGCUCACGCACGCGCUCGCGCUCUCCCAAUCGCGAUCCUACCUCCAGAUCCGACAAACACCGCAGCAGCAGACAUCACCACCACCAUCGCCAUCACCAUCACCGACACGACCGCCACCGUGACCAUGAUCGCGAUCGCCACCGCCGCGAUCGCCAUACAUCCCGCUCAAAAGAUCAACCAGAACCCGCACCAGCAGCCCCUAUAGUCCUUCCAUUCAACUCGCGCGAACUCACCAAAUAUGACCUGGAGCACUAUGCCCCCAUGUUCGAUAUGUACCUGGACAUCCAGAAGGGGAUUAUUAUGGAUGAUUUGGCGGAGGAUGAGGUGAAAGGGAGGUGGAAGAGCUUUAUGAGGAAGUGGAACCGCGGAGAGUUAGCAGAGGGGUGGUAUGACCCUGCUACGUUGGAAAAGGCGAGGACGAACCUUGCGCAAAUGCAGGCACAGACGAGUACGAAUACUGGUUAUCGGGGCGAAUCGCAACAGGAUGAGCGUAGGGAUGCGACUCGGGAUAGGGAUGUUGAAGGGGAAGACGACGAGGACGACGAUGAAUACGGUCCGGUGCUUCCCUCUACAUCUGGGCGUGGUGGAGGUCCGUCUUCGGGACCUACGAUACCUACUAUGCAGGAUUUGGAGUUGCGGAAGGAACUAGCAGCAGAAGACGCAAUCGCAGCGCGUCAAGACUCGCGCGCCCAGUAUCGCAGCGAACUGCGCUCACAUAAGUCCGAAUUCAAAUACUUGCAGGAGGAGGUAGCGCCGCGCGCGGAACCGGGGACUCAUGAACGGCGCAUGGAGAAGCGACAGGAGGCUGCGGCGAGUAAUCGUGCCUUUGCGGAGGCGAAGCGUGGGGGAUCUCCGGAGGCAGCGCCGGAGGAGGAGUUGAUGGGGUCUGGAGAGAAUGAUUUGGAUUCGCUGAAGAAGGCGAGGGAGAGGGAGCAGCGGAAAAAGAAUGAGCGGGAGAUUCGCAGGGAGGAAUUGCUCCGGGCAAGGGCGGCGGAGCGUGAGGAGAGGCUGCAACAAUAUAGACAGAAGGAGGAGGAAACGAUUGGGUGGUUGAAGACAUUGGCUAAACAGAGCCAUACCGCUCAAUCUCAAAAGCAACAACGCUCUACUACAAUGCCAGUCCCGCCAGCAGCACCUCCUCUCACACAGGUAGACAAUCCCCCCAGCACAUCUCAACGUACACUGAUCAUCACCUCACCAGACUGGAACACCCACGAUGUAUUCUUCAAAAUCACGCGUGGCCGCUUUCUCGUCGACGAAGCCGAGAACCUCCGCAUGCGCGAGAUCAAAUUCGACAUGAACGACUCGCCCGUAUCGCAGCAGAAUGGAUGGGGGCCACUCACUGCACCUCUAUACAGAAGUAUCCCGACGGCAUGUUCAACAAGGCCUUUCUCAUGUCGAUGGACAAUGGCCGCGAAGUCGUUGCAAAGCCAGCGAGGUCGCUACCAUGAACUUCGUAUAUCCUACCACAUCUAUCAAUGCCGGGUCCAGCUAACGCAACUUGAUCCUGGGAGGCCAGAAACGUGCUCGGAACACCAGCGCCUCGUAUCUACUCAUGGAACUCGCAUGCAAAAUAACACCCAGUUAGAGCUGAGUUCAUCAUGGAGAAAGCUGCCGGCGUUCCCUUUCUCAGGUAUGGGAGACACUGAAAUUGGCUCAGAAGCUACAAGUGCUUCUUGCCAUGAUAUGUCUGCAGAAGAAGUGGCUAAGUGUGUCAUUCACGCAUCAUGGCAGCUUGUUCUACGCCAAAGACAUACAGCCAUCACCACCAGGAGAAGUCGCCCACUACAUCAGAAUCUUGGGUCGCAUGCAUUGCAAUCUCUGAGUAUCAUGGACGAAACUGUUCGAGAUUAG